CCAGGCUCGCAGCUCGCUCGGGCAGAGCGAUGACCCGGGAGAGCAGCUGGAGAGGGCGGCGGGAUCCCAGUGCACCAUGAGCCUCGGGCCCGGCCCCGUUUCGGGCCGAUGUGCACCACGUAUUCCGCCCGCCUCUCCCCUCCCGGCCUCGGCUGCGAAGGCGGCAACGGCUGGACAAGAAACCCGACUACUGCGCCGGGCUUCUCUACGAACACUCGCCCAGGAAGCGGGUUCACUAGCCUCGGGGCUCUGGGGCUCUUGAGGAGUCAGGCCCCUGGCCGCCACCGCCACCUUGGCCGCUGCCGCCGCCAUCGCCUUCAUCCUUCGUCCCCCAGCAUGGCCGAGGAGCUCUCCGCGGCCACGUCCUACACCGAAGAUGAUUUCUACUGCCCCGUCUGUCAGGAGGUGCUCAAAACCCCCGUGCGGACUGCGGCCUGUCAGCACGUUUUUUGUAGAAAGUGUUUCCUGACUGCAAUGAGAGAGAGUGGAAUACAUUGUCCCCUCUGUCGUGGAAAUGUGACUAGAAGAGAGAGAGCGUGUCCUGAACGGGCCUUAGACCUUGAAAAUAUCAUGAGGAAAUUUUCUGGUAGCUGCAGAUGCUGUGCAAAACAGAUUAAAUUCUAUCGCAUGAGACAUCAUUACAAAUCUUGUAAGAAGUAUCAAGAUGAAUAUGGUGUUUCUUCUAUCAUUCCAAACUUUCAGAUCUCUCAAGAUUCAGUAGGAAACAGUAACAGGAGUGAAACAUCUGCAUCUGAUAACAUAGAAACUUACCAAGAGAAUACUGGUUCUUCUGGGCAUCCUACCUUUAAGUGUCCCUUGUGUCAAGAAUCAAAUUUUACCAGACAGCGUUUACUGGAUCAUUGUAACAGUAAUCACCUAUUUCAGAUAGUUCCUGUGACGUGUCCUAUUUGUGUGUCUCUUCCUUGGGGAGAUCCUAGCCAGGUUACUAGAAAUUUUGUUAGUCAUCUAAAUCAAAGACAUCAGUUUGAUUAUGGAGAAUUUGUGAAUCUUCAGCUAGAUGAGGAAACCCAGUAUCAAACUGCGGUUGAAGAAUCUUUUCAAGUAAACAUUUGAAGGCUGUAGACACCUCUGCAUCUUUGUACCUGCAAGUGCCAUCUUUAAGGAGAAAACUACAGGAAGUCACCAUUUCAAUAACUUGAUGUGUAUAUUAAUAAAAGUAAUUCAGUCUA